CUACCCCUUUAUUUGUACGUUUUAUGUACAUGUUCUAUUUACAAGUUUUGUAUAAAUUAAACAAAACAGCUAAAGGCAUACUCAUUUUCUCGAGAAAAAUUUUAAUGUAAUUAUGCGUAUAUUAAUUCUCAACUGAUCCGGUAUCAUGUCAUGAAGGCACUGAACACAGCAGCAAACUCGUCAAAAACCAGGCAGAUGUCAAAAAUGGCGACAGUUCGCCCGAGACAGAGUCCCUGUCUCACUCUCGAUCGAAAUCUCCGACCAUAAAAUACUUUUUUCCCACUUCAUCUUAAAUUUUCCGUGACCGCGAGACAUAAGAUACGGAUAUGGGGCAGUGUGAGAAAAAUCGGAAUUUAAUGGACCAGCUGCACGAGCUGAUCUGCACGAUCGAGAAGUUAAAACCCGAGCCGGAAAUUUGUAACGUGAGUUGUCCUCCAUUGGGAUGUCCCCGAGGACCCUGUCCAGGAAUGUGCUGCUAUCAAGGUAUCUGCGAUGCCUGCUGCCUUUCCGAGAUGCCUUGCUGUCCACCUCCUGAACCACCAUGCUUUUGUCCUCCACCAUACAUGCCUCCUCCGAAAGCACACUCUUUUUCCGAGACACACCUUCGACCAUUUUUUCCAAACCCAUGUGCCCCAAAACCACCAUGCAAGCCCUCUGUGAAGUCGUCUUGCCCCUCAAGACCACCCUCUCAGCCGUGCUGCCCAAAACCACCCUGCAUGUCUCCUACGGUGUCAUGUUGCCCUUCCAGAAAACCCUCUCAAUCCUUUUGCCCUAAUCUCUGUGUCGCGAAACCACCCUGUCCUCCACCUGUGUGUCCAAAAUGCUGCCCUCCACCACCAUGCCAAACUGUGUGCAUCCCAUGUUGUCCACCACCAUGUUACAGUCCGCCAACCACCUGGGUGAUUCCGGUUAUCACGGUGCCCUGUCAACUUAAAUAA